AUGUCUUGUACUGCUGCUAAUGUGAAAAAGACGUUGGCAGUAACCCCCUGCAAGACGAUGCGAGGCCAUACUGGCACAGUUAGAGGCGUUGCGCACCUGCCCGGUGGGCAUCACAUCAUCACAUGUUCGGCCGACGGCUCACUUCGACUAUGGGACCUAAAGAGCGGUGCACAGAUAGGUAGCGAGUGGCGAGAUGAUGGGGAUGAGGUAGCAAUAAUUGAGAUGUCGUUGUCUCCAACUGGCAAGACUAUUGCCAGCGGAAGCAGUAACGGGACAGUGAGGUUAUGGGAUGUCGAGACGGGGAAGGUUGUCGUCAAAUGGAAAGGACACGCUUCUUUUGUGGGUCCAGUGUGCUGGAGUCCAAAUGGUGGGCGAGUUGUGAGCGGAUCAAACGACGGGACGGCAAGAGUGUGGGAUGUGAAGAGCGGCAAACCAGUCAAAGGUCUGAAUCCAAUAGAGACAGGACACCUGUCGGUAUACGCGGUAAGAUACUCACCCAAGGCAUCAAUGAUUGCAACAGGAGGUUGCGACGAAUCUGGAAUCCAAAUCUGGGACGCGAAGACGGGCGAGCUGCUGUCUACGAUCGAACUCGAUCAAUCAGUUUGGUCCUUAACCUGGACAUCGGAUGAAAAGAAGUUUAUUGCCGGGGUUGAGGACUCAAUCAAGAUAUUUGAUACUACCACAUGGCAGCAGAUCGCUGUUCUGGAGGGUCACACAAAUGUUGUCUACUCCCUCACUUUAUUUCCCAACGACCGCCUCCUUGCGAGUACAUCUUGGGAUAAGACAGCGCGUCUCUGGAAUCUUGAGACAAACCUCCAAAUCGGGCCAUCUCUUCAACACAAAACUGACGUCACUUGUGCGGCCUUCUCCGCUGAUGGAAAGCUGCUAUCCACUGCAGGUUGGCAGGAUAAAAACGCGCACACAUGGGACAUCCAAGACAUCCUCAAAACAGCUGGCCUAGAAGACCUCCUGUCUGUACCUGAUGUGAGUCCCAACCUGACUCCCACUCGCUAUCUCAUUCCCAAUGGCUAUCAGGCACAGAAAUCUGAACUCAAAAAGAAGCUAUCAGGUGCUAAUGCUACGCGACGUCCACCCAUUCGUCCAGCCCCACGUCAAGUGCCACCAGGUUUCUUCGAUAACGUGCAAGGCAGUGGUCCUUCUUCUACUACCCGCCGUCUCCAUCCUGAUCCCUCUCUACAUCGCGGCCGCAGUGCUUUUGCACUGUCCUGGGGAUCACGUCCACGCGCGCUUCUCGCUGGCCUUUCCUCACCUUUCCAUCGUUCCCCACCCAACACCGAUGUACUAGACGAACCUCAGCAACGUCCACUGGGACCUGGUACCUCCUCUCGUCGCAGUCCUUCUGUUGAUGUUCCUGCACUAGAUGACAAGAAGGCACUGUAUGUUGCUCGGCGGCCAGAACGAGCUAGUGACAAAGCAAAACGUGUCGACACCUCCAAAUGGUGGGCUCGUGUUGUGCUAUUCCUCUGCUGUGCGUCUCCGUCCAACGAUGACGGUCAUUGA